UCUUUGAUGCGUACUGAGUGAGAAGUGGGCGUAGAUUAACAGGAUAUUGGAGGAAAUUUUCACCGGGUAAUACCAUUCAUCAUGAAUAUAUACACCGUGGUAACAAUGUUGUACCUUCUGAAUGCUGCAUCAGUCCUCUCUUUGCCGACUGUGUUGCCAGAAGCAGAUUUGCCCAACACUGGAGUAGAAUCAAAGAACAUAAAUGAACCUGCGCUUCCUAACGCAGGACUACAAUCGGAGGAGACAAAUGGGCCUGUAGCAGAAUCAGACAGCACGGAUAAGCCUGUGCUUUUUGUGGGAGCUGUUGGAUCAGAGGACGAAGAUGAGCCGGUAGUUGUUGAUGUCGACGAUAUACUAGAAGUUGCAGAGAUUCUUGUUUUCAGACCUUCUUACAAAUAUUGGCAAAAUUGCAUCGAGAGGCGACAUAAACAGGCACAUCGAGAAUAUUCCAAACAUCAGUAACCUUACCACGCCACAUAUAUUUCGAAGAUGAUGCGCAAAUGUUAACCUCUUGAUAACGGUUUUCGGAGAUGCAAUGCCAUGUAGUUAGUUACAUAUGUACGUAGGUAACGUUCCCACCUCAUGACUCAAGGUACGCGGGUUCAAA